GUGACACCCCCAGCAGGUCACCAUUCUAUCUCAAGGACCAUUACACCUCAUUCUCCUUAGUUGGGACUGGUAAGGUUGAAGAUGGGUGACGCUGCAAUGAAAGAGUUUGGCGCAGCUGCCCCUUACCUGAGGAAGUCAGACCGGGAGCGGCUGGAGGCUCAGACGCGGCCCUUUGACAUGAAGAAGGAGUGCUUUGUUCCAGACACAGAGGAAGAGUAUGUCAAGGCAUCCAUUGUCAGUCGUGAGGGUGACAAAGUCACUGCUAAGACUGAAAAAGGAAAGACGGUGACGGUGAAGGAGUGCGAUGUUCACCCUCAGAACCCGCCCAAGUUUGAUAAAAUUGAAGACAUGGCUAUGUUCACGUUCCUCCACGAGCCUGCUGUGCUGUUUAACCUCAAAGAGCGUUACGCAGCAUGGAUGAUCUAUACCUACUCUGGGCUUUUCUGUGUGACUGUCAACCCCUACAAGUGGCUGCCAGUCUACAACCAAGAGGUGGUCGUCGCCUACAGAGGAAAGAAGAGGAGUGAAGCUCCUCCUCACAUCUUCUCCAUCUCUGACAACGCCUACCAGUACAUGCUAACAGACAGAGAAAAUCAGUCAAUUCUCAUUACUGGAGAAUCUGGUGCUGGGAAAACUGUCAACACUAAGAGGGUUAUCCAGUACUUUGCCAGCAUUGCAGCUGGAAGUGGCAAGAAAGACACCGGCUCUGAGAAAAAGGGUACUUUGGAGGAUCAAAUCAUCCAGGCCAACCCUGCCUUAGAAGCCUUUGGUAAUGCCAAGACCAUCAGGAAUGAUAAUUCAUCCCGAUUUGGCAAAUUCAUCCGCAUUCACUUCGCUGCAAGUGGAAAGCUGGCUUCGGCUGAUAUCGAGACAUAUCUGCUGGAGAAGUCCCGUGUCACCUUUCAGCUGAAGGCUGAGAGAGAUUACCACAUCUUUUACCAGAUUCUGUCUCAGAAGAAGCCGGAGCUGCUUGAGAUGCUACUCAUUACCAACAACCCCUACGACUAUGCUUUCAUCUCCCAAGGAGAAACGACUGUAGCCUCCAUUAAUGACGCUGAAGAGCUGAUGGCCACAGAUGAUGCGUUUGAUGUUCUGGGCUUCACUCAAGAGGAGAAGAAUGGCAUUUACAAGCUGACUGGUGCCAUCAUGCACUAUGGUAACAUGAAGUUUAAGAACAAGCAGCGUGAGGAGCAGGCCGAGGCAGACGGCACUGAAGAUGCUGACAAAGUUGCGUAUCUUAUGGGCAUGAAUUCUGCCGACCUCAUCAAGGGUCUCUGUCACCCGAGAGUCAAAGUUGGGAAUGAGUGGGUCACCAAGGGACAAAAUGUACAGCAGGUGUACUAUGCAGUUGGAGCACUGUCCAAGGCAGUGUAUGAAAAGAUGUUCCUGUGGAUGGUGGUUCGUAUUAACCAGUCUCUGGACACCAAGCAGCCACGCCAGUACUUCAUUGGAGUACUGGAUAUCGCUGGAUUUGAGAUCUUUGACUUCAACACCUUCGAGCAGCUGUGCAUCAACUUCACCAAUGAAAAACUGCAACAGUUUUUCAACCACCACAUGUUUGUGCUGGAGCAGGAAGAGUACAAGAAAGAGGGCAUAGAAUGGACCUUCAUAGAUUUUGGAAUGGACCUGCAGGCCUGUAUCGACUUGAUUGAAAAGCCCAUGGGCAUCAUGUCCAUCCUUGAAGAGGAGUGCAUGUUCCCAAAAGCCAGUGAUGCCACUUUCAAAGCAAAGCUCUACGACAACCAUCUGGGGAAAUCUGCAAAUUUCCAGAAGCCCAGAAUCGUGAAGGGAAAACCAGAGGCUCAUUUUGCCCUGAUGCAUUACGCUGGCACCGUUGAUUAUAACAUCAACAACUGGCUGGUGAAGAACAAGGAUCCUCUGAACGAGACGGUUGUUGGACUUUACCAGAAGUCUAAUCUGAAACUGUUAGCCAACCUUUUUGCAAAUUAUGCUGGAGCUGAUUCAGCAGAUAGCGGAAAGGGUGGCAAAGGAGGAGGAAGCAAAAAGAAGGGUUCAUCCUUCCAGACUGUGUCUGCCUUGCACAGGGAGAACCUGAACAAGCUGAUGACCAACUUGAGGUCUACUCACCCUCACUUUGUCCGCUGCAUCAUCCCCAAUGAGACCAAGACUCCUGGGGCCAUGGAGAACCCUCUGGUGAUGCACCAGCUGCGCUGCAACGGUGUGCUGGAAGGCAUCAGGAUCUGCAGGAAGGGCUUCCCAAACAGGAUCCUCUAUGGAGAUUUCAAACAGAGAUACCGUAUCCUGAAUCCUGCAGCAAUCCCUGAGGGCCAGUUCAUUGAUAGUAAGAAAGGAGCAGAAAAACUCCUUGGUUCCCUGGAUAUUGACCACAACCAAUACAAAUUUGGACACACAAAGGUGUUCUUCAAAGCUGGUCUUCUUGGGCAAUUAGAGGAAAUGAGAGAUGACCGUCUGUCACUAAUCAUUACUGGAAUCCAGGCAAGAUCAAGAGGUCUUCUGGCGAGAGUGGAAUUCCAGAAGAUUACUGAAAGAAGGGAUGCACUACUGGUGAUCCAGUGGAACAUUCGUGCAUUCAUGGGGGUCAAGAAUUGGCCCUGGAUGAAGCUUUACUUCAAAAUCAAACCUCUGUUGAGAUCUGCUGAAGCAGAAAAAGAGAUGGCGAACAUGAAAGAAGAAUUCCUCAAGUUGAAGGAGGCGUACGCAAAGUCUGAAGCUCGCCGGAAGGAACUCGAAGAGAAAAUGGUUUCGCUUCUCCAAGAGAAGAAUGACCUUCAGCUCCAAGUUCAAGCAGAGCAAGACAAUCUUGCUGAUGCUGAGGAAAGGUGUGAAGGGUUAAUCAAACACAAAAUACAAAUGGAGGCCAAGGCCAAAGAAUUGUCGGAAAGACUGGAGGAUGAAGAGGAGAUGAACGCUGAGCUGACUGCCAAGAAGAGGAAAUUGGAAGAUGAGUGCUCAGAGCUGAAGAAAGACAUUGAUGAUUUGGAGUUAACUUUGGCAAAAGUAGAGAAAGAAAAACAUGCCACCGAGAACAAGGUGAAGAACCUGGUCGAGGAGAUGGCAGCUCUGGACGAGAUCAUUGCCAAGCUGACCAAGGAGAAGAAAGCAUUACAGGAAGCCCACCAGCAAACACUGGACGACCUGCAGAGUGAAGAAGACAAAGUCAACACUCUGACCAAGGCCAAGUCCAAGCUGGAGCAACAAGUCGAUGAUCUUGAGGGGUCUCUAGAACAGGAGAAGAAGGUCAGAAUGGAUCUUGAAAGAGCUAAGAGAAAGCUGGAGGGUGAUUUGAAAAUGAACCAGGAGAGCCUGAUGGACCUGGAGAAUGACAAACAGCAACUUGAAGAGCACCUUAAAAAGAAGGACUUUGAACUUAGUCAGCUCAACAAUAAAAUAGAAGAUGAGCAGGCGAUAUCCCUUCAGCUACAGAAGAAACUGAAGGAGCUCCAGGCUCGCAUCGAGGAGCUGGAGGAAGAGCUGGAGGCAGAGCGAGCUGCCCGAGCCAAAGUGGAGAAGCAGAGAGCUGACUUGGCAAGGGAGCUUGAAGAGAUCAGUGAGCGUCUGGAGGAGGCUGGCGGAGCAACAUCUGCUCAGAUUGAGAUGAACAAGAAGAGGGAGGCCGAGUUCCAGAAGCUGCGCAGAGACCUCGAAGAGGCCACUCUGCAGCACGAGUCCACAACUGCGACACUGAGGAAGAAACAGGCCGACAGUGUGGCGGACCUCGGAGAGCAGAUCGAUAACCUGCAGAGAGUCAAGCAGAAACUGGAGAAGGAGAAGAGCGAGCUCCGCCUGGAACUGGAUGAUGUGGUUUCCAACAUGGAACAUGUUGUGAAGACAAAGACCAAUCUAGAGAAGACUUGCAGAACAUUGGAAGAUCAGAUGAACGAGUACAAAACAAAGUUUGAAGAGGCUCAACGUUGCAUAAAUGACUUCAACAUGCAAAAGGCCAAGCUCCAAACUGAAAACGGGGAACUCUCAAGACAACUGGAAGAGAAAGACUCAAUGGUUUCUCAACUGACAAGAGGAAAAAUGUCCUACACACAGCAGAUUGAGGACUUGAAAAGGCAGCUGGAGGAGGAAACUAAGGCCAAGAGUGCUCUGGCACAUGCCGUACAGUCUUCUCGUCAUGACUGUGACCUGCUCAGAGAGCAGUACGAGGAAGAACAAGAAGCCAAAAGUGAGCUGCAACGUGGCAUGUCCAAGGCUAACUCCGAGGUGGCUCAGUGGAGGACUAAGUAUGAAACUGAUGCUAUCCAGAGGACCGAGGAACUGGAGGAGGCCAAGAAGAAGUUGGCCCAGCGUCUCCAGGAAGCUGAGGAGGCUGUCGAGGCAGUCAAUGCUAAAUGCUCUUCUCUAGAGAAGACCAAACACAGACUGCAGAAUGAGAUCGAAGAUCUCAUGGUCGAUGUGGAGAGAUCGAAUGCGGCUGCUGCUGCCCUGGACAAGAAGCAAAGAAACUUUGACAAGGUCUUAUCUGAGUGGAAGCAGAAGUAUGAGGAGUCUCAGUGUGAGUUGGAAAGCUCUCAGAAGGAGGCCAGAGCCCUGAGUACAGAGCUCUUCAAACUAAAGAACUCAUAUGAAGAGUCCCUGGACCAUCUGGAGACCAUGAAGAGGGAGAACAAGAACCUCCAGGAGGAGAUCUCCGACAUUACCGAGCAACUUGGUGAGAGUGGAAAGAGUAUCCAUGAGCUGGAAAAAUUGAGGAAACAACAGGAGCAAGAGAAGAGCGAGAUCCAGUCAGCUCUUGAGGAAGCAGAAGCUUCUUUGGAGCAUGAGGAGGGCAAGAUUCUCCGAGCUCAGCUGGAGUUCAACCAAAUAAAAGCAGAAAUAGAGCGUAAACUGGCAGAAAAAGAUGAGGAGAUGGAGCAGAGCAAGAGGAACAUGCAGAGGACCAUUGAUACCCUGCAGAGCUCUCUUGAAGCCGAGUGUCGCAGCAGAAAUGAGGCCCUUCGUUUGAAGAAGAAGAUGGAAGGAGACCUGAAUGAGAUGGAGGUCCAGUUGAGCCAAGCUAACAGGCAGGCAGCUGAGGCCCAAAAGCAGCUCAAGUCUGUUCAUGCUCAUCUGAAGGAUUGCCAAAUUCAGCUCGAUGAGGCUGUCCGGGCCAAUGAUGACCUGAAGGAGAACAUUGCAAUUGUGGAGAGACGCAAUAAUCUGCUGCAGGCAGAGCUGGAGGAACUCAGAGCUGCUCUUGAGCAAACAGAAAGAAGUCGCAAACUUGCAGAGCAAGAGCUUCUGGAUGUUAGUGAGAGAGUGCAGCUUCUGCACUCACAGAACACCGGCCUGAUAAACCAGAAGAAGAAGCUGGAGGUGGAUGCAUCCCAGCUUCAGACUGAGGUUGAAGACGCAAUCCAGGAGUGUAGAAACGCAGAGGAGAAGGCCAAAAAGGCCAUCACUGAUGCUGCCAUGAUGGCUGAGGAGCUGAAGAAAGAGCAGGACACCAGCGCUCACCUGGAGCGCAUGAAGAAGAACAUGGAGCAAACCAUCAAAGACCUGCAGCACCGUCUGGACGAAGCUGAGCAGAUCGCCAUGAAGGGAGGAAAGAAGCAGCUCCAGAAACUCGAGGCUAGGGUGAGGGAACUUGAGAAUGAAGUGGAGUCGGAACAGAAGAAGAGCGCUGAAGCUGUGAAAGGAAUUCGCAAAUACGAGCGGCGUAUCAAGGAGCUAACAUACCAGACUGAGGAAGACCGCAAGAACGUUGUGCGUCUCCAGGAUCUUGUGGACAAGCUGCAGCUGAAGGUCAAAGCUUACAAGAGAUCUGCUGAGGAGGCCGAGGAGCAGGCUAAUACACAUUUGAGCAAGUUCCGAAAACUGCAGCAUGAGUUGGACGAGGCUGAAGAAAGGGCUGAUAUUGCUGAAUCUCAGGUCAACAAGAUGCGCGCAAAGAGUCGGGAUGUUGGCUCCAAGAAAGGCCUAGAUGAGGAGUGAGAGUCACUGAUGACCAGCCAUGACCCUUGGGAUCAUCAGAUGUGUAAUCCUGACUCUGUCCAAAGUAAUUCUGUAGAAUAAAGCGGUUGUGCAU